CGGAUUGUCGGGAAGAUCACCGGCGGCAGAAAAGGCUGCGCUUCUUCGAACGUCACACCUUGUGCUGGGCACCGGCUGCAUAUCUCGGCUCGAUCGAUACAGAAGGCAACACCCGCCAUGGACAAGAUCCCGCUGAACUACGAGGCGUCCGAGGGCGACACCCACAAGCGCCAGACGAGCACUUUGCCCACGGAGGUGGUUCAAUGCCUUGAAAAUGCUCGCUUUCUUCAUCUGGCCACAUGCACGGAUAACGUGCCCAAUGUGUCCCUGAUGAACUACACCUACCUCCCCUCCUCGCCCUACUCCGACUCUCCCGUCAUCAUCAUGACCACCAACCCGGCCUCUCGCAAGACCACCAACAUCAUCGCCAACCCAAACGUUUCUCUCCUCGUCCACGACUGGGUCUCCCACCGUCCUCCAACCCAAGGCCGUCGCAUGUCCGGAGGAUCCCCCACGCCCGAAACUCGCUCCAGCCUGGCCACCCUGCUCCUCAACCUCAACACAUCCGCCGUCUCCAGCAUCAGCGCAACGAUAGGAGGCGCCGCGCGGAUAGCCCCGAUCGGCUCCGAGGAGGAGAAGUUUUACGUGGCGCAGCAUCUCGAGAACAACACCUUUGAAGAGGGCACGCCACUCUUCCAGCCGGUGUCGAAUACGGACAGCCGCGAGAAUGAUCAAAGCGGGCAUUUCGUCGCGGGAGAGGAAGUGCGCGUCAUUGUGGUCGACAUUCGGAACGUGAGAAUCAGCGAUUGGAAGGGCACGGUGAGAGAUUGGGAGUUGACGACGGAUGCGCCGUUGCUCAACGGAGGUGCCUGAAUGGGGGGCUUGGAUGGGGUUUGGCAAGGUUGUAUUUAUAUGUUCAAUGGUUAUUAUUAGAGGCGUGACUUGGGCAUCGGAAAUGGGCAUAACAAAUAUUCAUAGUAGCCAAAGGGGGAGAAAAAGUGCAUUUAUAUUUAUCCCAUCUAGUUAUCCACAAACAAGCAUAUCUUCAUUGUACGAGCA